AUGUCGGGUUAUUACCUUGGUAUGUGCUUUGCUGCGCCUGAAAAACAUCUUUGUUUUUUCUACUUGGCUUCGAGAGGAUGGAAAACUUUCUUCUUCUUUGCUGUUCUCUUUCCAGCAGUCACCAGUGCCCUGGCAUAUUACUGGUCACGGAAAGGUUGGAAUAAUCAUCCGUUAGCCCGAACACUCGCUGUUCAUGCUCUCCCGCAGUCAGGUUGGAGGGCAGUAGCUUCUUCCAUCAAUACAGAAUUUAGGAGGAUCGACAAAUUUGCUACCGGCACCCCAGGAGCGAGGGUUAUUGUUACGGACACAUGGGUGAUUAAAGUGACCACCUACUGUUUACACGUUGCCCAGCAGCAGGACAUUCAUUUGACGGUGACAGACUCCAGACAGCAUGAACUCACCCCAGACUCAAAUAUGCCUGUGCAGUUCCUCACCAUCCGUGUUGCCAGUAUUAAUCCCUACGUGAAGGCAUUUGAUAUCCGGUUGAACUCCACAGAGUAUGGGGAACUCCGAGAAAAGCUCCAUGCUCCCAUCAGCAAUGCAGCUAAUGUUGUGAUCCAUCAAAGCCUUAGUGAUUUAUUUCUAGAAACCUUUACGUCUCUGGUGGAAAUGAACCAGACAUACCCUGUUCCAAGCACUCAGGAGCUGGAGCCAUGCAUAGGGUGUAUGCAGACUAUCGCUAACAUCAAGCUCAUCAAGAACUGCCAGGAGCCAAACGACGGGGAAUGCCAGCAAUGCUACUGUCGUCCCAUGUGGUGCCUCACCUGCAUGGGCAAAUGGUUUGCCAGCCGACAGGAUCAGCAGCACCCAGAGACCUGGCUGUCGAGCCAAGUGCCUUGUCCGACUUGCCGAGCCAAAUUUUGCAUUUUAGAUGUUUGCAUAAUACGAUGAAUAAUACUUGGGUAUGUUCUAACUUUUUACAUUUGAAUGUAUUUCAUAAUGGAUUUGGUUAAACGGCCUGUCUGAUUUGUUUGAGACGUCACAUCCUACAGGGGUGCAAACUCCAAAGUUUUGUUUUACAGUGUUGAAAACAGAUGUAAAUCUUUUCAGUUCCUCUCCACUUUUACUGGUAUUGUUGGUUUUUAUUCACCAGAUGUCAGUUUCUGGAAUUUUUUUUUUAAACCCGUAUUUUGCUUUCUUACGUCUUGGAUGGAAUAAGGGUUUCCCUCUAUAUUUGCAAUACUAUUCUCUUUUCAAGUUUUAACAUAGGUUAAACUGUUUCAAUUUUUAAAUUUAACUUGGGUUUUGAUUCUUUAGUAAAGGGCUAACUGA